CCAUCUUUAAUGGCGUUAUGUGCAUUUGAUUUGUGGCAUCCGUUGCCGGCUUGUUUUUUUUUGUAGUGGAGUUCUACAUUGGAUUAUCUUCUAUUUUGAUGGCGAAUUGUGCUGCUACAAAACAGUUUGGAACUGUUGUGAUCUUUCUAUUGAUUCUGAUACAUUGGGGGUGGUGUAAAGAUGACAAUUGUGAUGUGAAUCAUUGCAAAUCUUUAUUUCCAACUAUUUUCAAAGAAUUUUUCAAGAAAGGUACACAGCGUUUGUGUAGAAGUUCUGAUGACACCAUAGAAUGCAUCAAUAAAUGUUUGCAAAUGUUUUUUCCUGACUUUGGUUUUGUUAAUUCUAAGACAUUUAUAACAAGUGAAGUAUGCAGUUAUGACAUUGCAUAUGAUCUGAAUCGACACUGGAAUUGCAUCAGUAGUCAUUUUCAUAGAUUAAUGACUUGUAUGUCGAUAUCUGGAAGUAUGGUGCCGACGAAAAAUUCAAGUCAAACUUUAAAGCAGCUCUCCUGCAAGAAAUUCCUAGAAGUCCUGGAUUGUCCGUACAAAAUUCUUCACGACUGUGACGAAGAUGCAAUUGAAAUAGUUAGCAAGUUGUUCUCAAACGUUUUUAAGGCUUCCAUGGAAUCGGCUUGUCACUUGAUACCUUUGAAUGCUGUUUAUGAUUUGCCUGUGACGUACUCUUUAAAUAACAGUUAUUUAAACACAGCCGCUUGUUUGGAUAAUUUACCAAGUGUCACUAGUAAUUGCUUCCCUCAACAUAUUCAAAACUUCGAUGUUAACGAGUUAUAUCAUUGCAGGAUUAACUGUGAAAAACUUGAUGGUGGCACCUGCUUACCUUCUUCACUCAUGAGUGAUUUUUAUAUCCCAGUGCUUUCAUUAGGCAAAUAUUCCUGUGCCAAAGAUUCAACAGUUGAAGAUACAGUGCAAAUGCAAGAGUCAUCUAAAUCUUCUCCUGUUACUUAUAAUUCAGACAUAUCAUCAAAAGUUAAUUCUGAAGCUAGUACAACAAUCCGAAGUGAUGAAAAUGAUUAUUACAUUCCUUCUGAUGAAGCCAAGAAUGAUGUAUUUUUAUCGGAUUACAACACAGUUGAAGCUUCUACAUUAAGCUAUCCGAUGAAAAUUAAAGAAAUGGGCCAUGUUAAAGUACAAAGUACUAUACAUUCACCAGGCAUGAAUAUCUCAAUGACUUCUAAGAAACAUCCAGAAAAUGAUAGCAUUUUAUCUGAUAAUGCAGCAGCUAGUUCAAUAGAAAGUAAUGGUGCAUACAAACUUGAGUAUUAUUUUGUAUGCUUGACCAUAAAUUUUAUUACCAUCUUAAUUAUUAUCUAAUAUAUAUUGUCACUUAUAGGUAAAAUGUUGUAGAUUAAAAAUUAAAUGUGGGUGAAAUCUACUAUUUUGUAAUUCUUUAUCGCCAAAGAAAUACUAUAUCGCCAAUUUCGUUUGCUAAUUGGGGACUGGGCACUUUUUGUACUAUGAAUGACGAUAUAGAUGCUUCUGAAGUAGAGUUUUUUUAUUGUCUUUACAGCAACUCAAUUCACUAUGGUGAUUAGUGAAUUUAAACCAUGUUUUAUUCACUUCAUUGCAUUCUAUUCUGUUAGUGUACUUGAUGAGCUGAAUAUGUAUUACAGAAUUUUCAGUCACAUUGUUACGAGUUUGUUGUUUAGAAUUUAAACGCAAAGGCAGCUCACGCUGACUUUGAAUAGUCCUACUUACCAGUAUUAGAUAUGUUUUAGUAUUUUUAUUUUCUUCUUUUGCAAAGGCUUAUAUACCAAAGUUCCUUUAUUAUUGUCUUUGUUGAUAGAGUAUUAGUCGUAUAUUUCAAAGAGCAAUUAUGUAUUUUAGUUUAUAUUUAAUUGAUAAUAAGUUUUAUUAUAACAAUAAAAAUCCCAUUGUUAUUUGUUAUAAUUUGUCAUUUCAUUUUUUAAAAAAAAUCUGUUAAAUAUUGUU